AUGAUAAAAGGGAUGCUGCGUAUCCCUUCGUACCACAACUGGCGGCCUGAUCCUAUGGAAACCAUAGACAUAAACUCACGCACACAAGCAAAAGCACCCCGGCACCGCUCAAUGCAGCCCACAACGUCUGAAGAGCACGAGCAGCAGUGUUCCGACUACAAUGGCACAAGGGACAACAUCCCUAGUCCGCAAUACGAAAGGUUGGCAAAAGAUGGUAGCCGUGGAAACGAUGCCAUUGGAGGCUCCAGCUCAAUGCCGAUGGAAGAAAUUGGAUUCAAGGACAAGGAGGUUCCGACAUGGACGAAUCAGAUAACUUUGAGAUCUUUGAUCGUGAGCGUGGGGCUGGGGACUUUCUUCACUAUACUGUCGAUGAAGGAAAUUUUGUCUACAGGAGUAAUUAGCUCUGUGAAUAUAUAUACCCCGGUGGUUGGAUACUCCUUCAUCAAAGGAUGGCUCAUGAUCCUUGAAACAAGUGGGAUUGUAGGAAAACCUUUUACGAGGCAAGAGAAUGCUAUGAUUCAAUCUUGUGUGGUUGCAAUCAGCGGCCUUGCUCUCAGCGUUGGUAACGUUAUGAACACCAUCCACGUUCCUCUUAACAGCAAGUUCGCCAGCUUCUAUUUCGAGUUCUUCAGUAUACAUGUUGGGGCAGGCAUGUUGUGCCCGUACAGCACAAGCUUUUCGCUGUUAGUUGGAUCAAUUCUUUCUUGGGGAAUCUUGUUCCCAUUUCUACGAAGUAAACGUGGAAUCUGGUACGAUGCAGUUAUGGAUACGAGCUAUGACUACCGUGGCUUUGGCGGUUACAGAUUCACCCUUGGUAUGGCUAUAAUCCUCGGUGACAGCACGUUCCACAUCCUCAAAUACAUUGUUGCUAAUUUGAUCUGCAAAUCAAGGAACAAAGGGACUACCGCUGUGAUCAGUGGCAGUACUGAUAAUCAUCAUCAUCCUCAUCAUCUUCCCGUUAAUAUUUCUGGGCCCCCAUGCUCUGACCCGGAUCAUGAGAGCAAUGAUAUUGAUAGUACUAAUUGCUGUGCUGAUACUAGGAUCAGGACCCAAAACUUCCUCAACGAGUUUAUCCCAACCAAGGUAGCAAUAGUCGGCGUUGUUGCUCUUCUGGCUGUCUCUGCAAUAUCACUUCCUAUAAUCUUUCCUCCUGUCAAAUGGUACCACGUCUUGUGCAUGUACGCAGUUGCCUGUUCUGCAGCUUUCAGCACAGCACACGUCACCGGCCUGACCGACAUGAACCCUGCUGCAAAUUUUGGAAGGUUGGCCAUGUUCAUCUUUGGAGCUUGGGCUGGAGUCAGUCAUGGCGGUGUUCUUGUGGCUCUAGUUGCUUGUGGGGUGAUGAUGAAUUUUAACGGCCCCGCUUCUCAACUCAUGUCAGAACUGAAAACUGGAUACUUAACCCUAGCUUCCUCAAGGUCUAUAUUGGUGACCAAAAUGUUUGGGAAUAUGAUUGGCUGCAUUGUCACUCCUCUCAUCUUUAAAUACUACCAAUCACAUUAUAGUGGUUUCGGAAGUCCUGGAUCAAAAUUUCCGGUCUUUAUGACUCCAUUUUAUAGACGAGGUGCAAUCACUGGUAGUCGGGAAGGAUUUAAAGGCUUGCCAAUGUACGCGGUGCAUUUUGGCGUCGCUUUCUUCAUUGCAGCCAUCGUCAUCAAUAUAAUCAAAGAGCUUUUACCGGAGAAGGUGGCGAAAUAUAUUCCAAUACCGAUAGCAAUGGGUAUACCAUUCCAUAUUGGAGGCUACAUUUCUAUCAGUUUCUGCCUUGGGUCCUUGAUAACGUUUCUGUGGAGGUUGAAGAACAAGGCUAAGGCUGAUGCAUAUUCAUCCGUGGUAGGGACUGCUUUGAUUUGCGGAGAUGGGUUUUGGGUUUUGGUGGACUCCAUAGUCACUUUGCUUGGUUUUCUGCCCCCUUUAUGCGCAUCGUUUCUUCCUGCAGAGUCGUCUUAG